AUGGGGCGCGGGGCGGCGGCCGCAGGGCGCGGGGACCCCGUCGGGCCGCGGCUGCUGCGGGCCGCGCUGCUGCUCGCCCUCUGCCCCGCCGCCGCCGCCGGCGACACCUGGACGUGGCUGGGCGUCGCCGCCGCCGGCGGCCCGGAGAAGUCGGGCUGCGCCAGCCCGCCGCUGAGCCGCCGGCAGCAGGACCUAUGCAGGCAGAAGCCGGAGCUGGUGCCCGCCAUCCGUGAGGGAGCCCGCCUGGGACUCCAGGAGUGCCGCAGCCAGUUCCGACAUGAGCGCUGGGACUGUCGCCCGCCACCCGCCGUUCGGCGCGCACCCGUCUCCUCCGCCACCGCCGCCGCCGCCUUCGGACAACAGCUCAGCAGCGGCACGAAAGAGGCGGCGUUCAUAUAUGCAGUGACAUCAGCGGGGCUGGUGCACGCGGUGACACGGUCGUGCAGUGCAGGGAACGUGACUGAGUGCUCCUGCGACGUGAGCCUGCGGCACGGCGGCUCGGCCAGCGAGGGCUGGCACUGGGGCGGCUGCUCUGACGACAUCCACUAUGGAAUGGCCUUCAGCAGGAAGUUCCUGGACGUGCCCAUUAAGAACCUAACGGGCAAGAGCGAGAGUGGACUGGCAGCCAUGAACUUGCACAACAACGAAGCUGGCAGGCAGGCUGUGGCAAAGCUGAUGUCAGUGGAUUGCCGUUGUCACGGCGUUUCUGGGUCCUGUGCUGUGAAAACUUGUUGGAAAACAAUGUCCGCCUUUGAAAAGAUUGGCCGUUUUUUAAAGGAUAAGUAUGAAAACAGCAUACAAAUAUCAGACCGACUGAAAAAAAAACUACGCCGCAAAGAGAAAAGCCAGCGAAAGAUACCAAUUGGCAAAGAAGAUCUGUUGUAUGUGAACAAGUCUCCCAAUUACUGUGUUGAAGACCAAAAACUGGGGAUCGCUGGGACGCAGGGAAGGGAGUGUAACCGCACCUCGGAGGGACCAGACGGCUGCAACCUGCUGUGCUGCGGGCGCGGGUACAACACCCACGUUGUCAGGCACGUGGAGAGGUGUGAGUGCAAGUUCAUCUGGUGCUGUUAUGUGCGCUGCCGGAGGUGCGAGACCAUGACUGACGUACACACCUGCAAGUGAGAUGAAGCACAGAAAACACAGCCACACUGUCCUGCACUGUUUGGUAUACAGCACUGUGGCACGGGCAGCAGUUAUUUCUGGCUGUGUGGGACUGCAAGGGAGAUCAGUUGCAAGGGGAAGGGGUAUUGCCAAACGACAGGUAGUCCAAGCAUUUGGUGUACCAAAGAGCAGCCUGCAUGCAGGGACAGACAAGAUGACAAAAAAAGGAUUCCUGAUGACACAUUUGAAUGGGUAACUCCAUGAGCAGAGACAGACACAAAACUUUCCAAGUCUUUAAUAGCCACAGCAGCCUGAAGAUCUAUGUUAUCAGUAGGUACAAUAGGGAAAACUCAAGAUAUCAUUAGCCAGAGACUGAAGAGGGCAUGGAAGAUACGUUAGAUAUCCUUAUGUCUGUAUUUUUUAAACUGAGACUAGAUGUACACAGUAGAUCAUUCAUUUCUGCAGGCUUUAGGGAAAAAACAAACAUAGGAGAAGUGUCCUGCUGUUGACCAUGUUGUCUUGCAACCAUUUGGAAGGCUGUCUUCUGCAUGAUAUGCAAAAAAGCAUCUGAUACUGAGAAAUGUGUGACUGCAGAGAGCUCGGUACUGCCAGGGUGGAAGAGGAGAGUCCACUGGCAUGGAGCAGGCCAUGUCCAGAGCAGAGCAGCUGGAACACAGCUUGAGGAACACCAGCAGCGUACCAAGAAGACACCUCGGAAUUUUUUUAUAAGUUGUCUUUCAAACACAUAAAGGACAAGUUUGAGGAGGGACAGAAAUACAGUUUGGUGUUUGAAGGAAAUAAAGUCCUUCACAGGUGUUUCCUCAGUGUCUGAACACGCAGUUUGUGAAUCAACCAAUCAUCACCCCACUGUUGGACCGUGUGUAAUAGCCUGCCAUGUUUAGCCACCUCGCUGGUGGUUCACCAUCAUUUUCACAGUUAACCAAACAAGAUUCAGCCCAAAGAAACCUGCCACAAGUUAAAUUUUUUUGAAACACUGGUUUCUUUUAUAGAGGCAGCAUCUAGAACUUUUCAUUAAGUUGCAUCCUAAGUAAGUUCAAUGCACAAGAUAAUUUAUGGAUUGGCUCACAGUAUUAAAAUAUUUAGACUGUUAUUGAUAACAUUUUCUCUACCACCAGAUGUUGACUCCAUUUAAUUUCACAUCUGUGAAAGGUUGUUUAUUUUUAUGCAAUGAUUUCUUGCCUGGCUUUAAAAGCAAUUCUGUUGUUUAAAUGUGAAAAGACCUAUUUUUGAUAAGACAAGAAAGUUUAUAUUUUGUAAAUAUUUAAAUUAUGCGAGUUAUGUAAAAGGUUUCCAAAACUAAUGUGAUAAGAUUACAAGCUUUGACAUUUGUUGGUUAGAUAUUUGUUACUGUUGUAGUAGCCUUUAAUUGAUUUUUAUUUGCAUGUGCAGGGGGAAAUGAGUCUGAUAAUUACGUAAAUGGGGUUUUUUUACCAUCAGAGUGCCUAUAAUUGCUACAGUUUAUACACAAUGAUGAGAAACACUUACUAUGAUUUUCUAAACCAUCAGUUGAUUAACAUUCUGUAUACUUUUUUUAGAAUUUUAAAUCCAUUUUACAAACAGUUACAUCCUGGCUCCAGAGUGAGUGCAGAACUCCCACUGACAUCAAGGGGACUUGCAAGGAUUAACUUAACUUCUUAGACACUAACAUUCAGUUUUUAGAAAGAAAUCAUCUUAGACAGUUUGGUUGAGCCUUUCAAAGUUACUUUGAGGAAUUAAUUUCCCAGUUGUCAGUUAUUUUCCCAUGAAAGAUGGUGACCACAACCCCCAUCACUCUUUAUUGGAUGAGUAGAUCAAGAAGACGCAAACAAAAACUUCUGUGCUGUGGUACUUCACUGUGUUACAGUCUGCAAGCAAGAAGUCCUUUGAUUGCUUGUUCUUUUUGGACUUUCCCUCCACAUUUGGCUAAUCUGUCUCCAUUGACCUAGCCAGGUCCUGAGGCCACAAAAUCUGCUGUCUAUGGGAACGGUGUUCAGUGUGCUGGUCGCUGUCACAGGAGGAUUCAGCUCCCUCCCUGUGACUACUUGAGUGGGGAGGACACAUGUUGGUGGAAGACCCUGGAGAGAGAGCUGUGAGCCCCAGGUGUAUACUAAUGCACUUCUCAAUAUGCCUUAACUUCUGACAAGGUAGGAAAUGGGGAGAAUAUGGUCCUGGACUCUCAGGCCUAAGCUCAGCUUCAGGGAUUUGCCCGGGAGGAAAAUGUCAGUAGACUGUUUCUGUGGGUUUGAAGGUGAAGGACAGUCACACCAGCAUUGCACGGAGACAUGAGGCACUCAUCAUGCAGCCAAUGCUGUCAGGGUGUCUCUUGCUGGUUUGGCUGGCUGGUAUAUGAUGCUGUGUUAUUUUGUGAGAGUUCAUCUACUUCCAGAAAAUAUCUUUUAGUUUUUAAAUGUUGUUAAUAAAAUAUUUUUCUCCGA